AUGUCAUCGCCCUUUUCACUUCGUGACACCCUUGCCGGUGGAAUAGGAGUAACUACCGGCUUCGUAUUGGGAUUAUUCACGCGCACAGUUUUCCGCCGCUUUCGCCCGCAACUAACAAGUCAAUAUUCUUCAGAUUCUGAGGAAGACAUUGGAUGGGAACCAGCGGGCUCUGUAGGUGAGGCUCACAAGCUCGUGCUGUGCGUGCGCACUGACCUUAAGAUGAGCAAAGGUAAAAUUGCUGCUCAAGUCGGACAUGCCACAAUUGGCGCUUACAAGCGCGCAGAGACAAGAAACCCAACUGCUUUAAGAAUUUGGGAGCACAACGCGCAACCAAAGAUUGCCCUUCAAGUCAGUAGCAGGCAUCAGGCAGAAGCACUCGACCGCGAGGCCAGAAGACGAGGCUUGGUCACCUACAUGGUCCACGACGCAGGGAGAACGCAGAUUGCUGCGGGAAGCUUGACGGUCCUUGCCGUUGGCCCCGGUCCAGAUAGCUUGGUGAACCAGGUGACGGGAUCAUUGAGACUGCUGUAA